AUGCAGGGCAGUGUGGGCAAUGGUGGAUAUCAGGCGCAGUCUGGUACUCCGGACCUGAUCAGUGGCAGUAUUGACAAGAUUGACAUCUUGAUGAACUCUUCUGACUUCUCUGCAUGGAUAUCAUCCGCACCCACUCACCAUCUUGAAAGAGCCCAUGAGAUGGCAGAGGAGAAAGUCAACGAGUUGAUCCGCAAAAAGAUGGAGUUGAAGUCCGAACUCUCGAAGCGGGAGUCACUGAAUGCGGCCUGGACAGCACCAAACCAAAUCGACCAGAGUUGGAGAAGACUCUCGACAAGAAAUGCGCGGACAAGGGCCAGACGGAUUGGAACAUAG